GAAUAAUUUGAAAACAUAAUCGAAAACUAAUACUAAUUCAGUGGCCUUUGCAAUACGACUCAAAUAGCUAGCAAAAUAGGACUUAAUACAAUCUGGAUCAUUUGUACAAUAAAGCUGGUGUAAAGUGGUGCAGCAACUCGACAGGGAACUCAUAGUGCAACGCCGAAAAGCCAAUGGAAGGAACCACACUUCCAACAGCAGCUGUGAAAAGAAGCCAAUUUACACAGCUACAAAUUUACCAACUUUUCACCGAGAACCUUAACAAUAGCGAUGGCCAGUGCCACACUGAAACGCGCCUUGGACCGGGAGUCGAUGAACCAGCGGGCCCCCAAGCGUAGGCAUUGCAAUCCCUUCGGCCAGUCGGCGGUCCCGUCGCGAGACCGCGAUGGACCCACCAUCUCUUCGCGGUUAGCGCAGACGCCCAGAAAUCGCUUCGCCAAAGACAGCUUCGAGCCGAGCCCCUUCUCGGAGGCCGCUCUGGCCGAAAUGUCGCCUGACAAAAUGGCCAAAAAUUUGUGCCACGAAAUCAAAAGACUGCACAAAGGCAAGCAAUUGCCUCUCACGGCGGCCGCCAUUGAGUCGAGCAGUUCGGAAAUGGGUUCGGACAGUCCACCGAACCUGAUGCGGCACUGCGAGAAGGCGUUGUUCACAUUCCAACAGGUGCAGCUCAUAUGCGAGGGCAUGAUCAAGGAGCGCGAGAAUCAGCUGCGCGAGCGCUACGAGUCCGUACUGGCCACCAAACUGCACAAGCAGCACGAUGCCUUUGUGAAGUUCACGUACGACCAGAUACAGUGUCGUUACAAGGCAGCGCCCAGUUACUUGUCGUAGGGCACACCAACAAAAAAAUUUAAUAAUAACAAUAAUUGCAACACAGAUCUACCCUCAUUAAAACUAAAUCAAGAAACAUGGGAAACUAAACAAGAAAACCAUAGCUUACAAGAAAACUUUCAUACAAAUUGUAAAUUGUGUUUAUUGGGUUUAUGAUAAAUAUUUUGAAAUAAAUGUAAAGUUAAAGUUUACGACUAGUACUACA